AAAGAAGAAAAUAAGGCACAAAGAAGAAUGGACUUUUUAAGAAGCAAUUUCGAUCAGUUAUUUAGGAAAAAUUAAAGAAGACGGGAGCAGCGAAGGUUCCUGGUGGCAAGGGGUCAGCAUGGCAGUCGACAAUCCUUCAUACUUCUCGUUGUCGAGCGGGACGGCGACGGCCUGCGUCGACAACGAGCGUCGCCUUCUCGCCGCCCUCCAAAGGACCAACGGGGCUGACGGCCCUGUUCCGGCGACGUCCUUGCAAAAUGGGCACCACUUCGUCGGCCAGCGUCCUCUCCACGUCUACCACGAGUACUCUGAUACCGCAGGAGAAUAACAGAGGCAGUACCUCAGGCGCCUCCACGCCCACAGAAGAGAAGAUGCCAAUGUUGCCCAGAAAUGGAACUGGUCAAUGCGGAAACGGCGCUCAUGGUGGUCCUGGUAAUCAGAGAAGGAGUUUCAGAAAUUUGUUCAGAUCUGUUAGUGCCAAUGCAGAUCACGAAAGAACACAGCAGUUCCUGAAGGGUGAUCCAAGACCUUCGGAUGUUGCGCCACCCUCGCCGUAUCUACCUCAUAGGUCACACUCGCAUUCUGAGAACGACAGAAGACGUCCAGGCCGAAGCAGAGCUGUGUUGAAGUCCGCUAGCGAACUGCUGUCGAAUGAUAUGGUGUACUGUGGAUUGGCCAGAGAUAAUCACAAUCAUGAUGAUGACGACGACGAUGACGAUGACGAUGAUCAAGAUUCGAACGAAGUUUUCGUUGGUGUCGAUGACGCUAGGUACUACAACCUUUCAUCCACGCUGCCAGCAACAGGAUCAGCGGCAGCAGGUCGUAGAAGGCAUUCGAUCAGCACCUUCAUAGGCAAAGAUCGAGGUUCCUCGAGCAAAGACCACAUCUCCAGAAAGCAACCACAAAGCCCCACAAUUCUCGUAGAACCUGACACAAUGGCGCCGCCAGCGCCUGUAGAUACUGUAGAUGGUGUCCAUGUAGAGGACCGGAAGGCGAGAUCUUGCAGCAGGUCCAGGCGCAGAAGACAUCGCAGUUCUUCGAGCAGGGGAUCUCGUUCAGCGACUGGACUGUCGAAGAUCGAUUCACAUCCCGAAGAUGAUGUACUGUUCGUGUCGAGCAAGGACAGCGAAAUUUCGAGUCUGUGGGUCAAUUACCUCACUGCCUGUUUCGAGCAGAUCAGCAGGCAACAAGGCCGGCCGCCUUUCAAAGUUCGUCACGUAACAAUCGAAGAAUCGAUGCAACCUGGCACCGAGGAGAGGAUUCGAUCGGCUCGCUUGCAGAUCGUCGUCGUGUGUCCAAUAUUGUUGGAACGAGUGCAAACUCGGCCAGAACACGCGACGAAUCUCUCCAGACAGCUAAUCGCCGACAAAGUACUAGCGAUGAUGUUGGGUGUCCACGAUAGUCACAUCAGCGACGUCCACAAGUCGAUUCUGGUCUCAUACAAUCAGUGGAGAAAAUUCUUCGUGAAAGACCAGGACGAAACAUUCGUUGGUGAACUUCUGGGUGCCGCGGUUGGAAUUCUUGGCACAAUGCCGCCUCCUGCGUUGAGGAGCGACAAAACCGCCUUUUCGGUUCAUCCGAAAAAAGUGAAGCUGGGUCAUAACAGGAUAAUCGCGUUGUUAAACGACCCAUUACGACCUGAGGACAAUGUAUCAGUGAUCGUGGAUCGCUGCGGCGAAGCGAUCGACAUCGCCCACGUUAAACGAAGAAAUCCCUAUGCCCUGCAAUUCUCCAUUCCCGACAGAUGUUUAGAGGUAUCGAUGUUGGUCGGUGUUCGUAUAGCGAAGAAUGGUUGUCCGCUUGGUGUGAGGCAAGUAAAAUGCGAGAGCAGGCUCAGGGAACUCGAUCAAAUCCUCAGAGCCCAUGACAAUCCCCUAGAAUUUAUGUGCCAGACCUUCGGCUUUAAUCCUGGUGAUCGCGAAAAAUUGGACAACUGGAUGGUCCACGCGUUUCAACGAAACGUUCCACCGCAUUUCAAUCUCCUGUCUACGCCCAGUGGGGUAGUGUCUACCCAAAAAGUUCACUCAAAAAGGCUGGUUGGCCCCGAAGAGAAUCCGACGUUGUUACACUUUGCCGCACGUUUCGGCCUGGAGAGAUUAGCUUGGCAACUGUUGGAGUGUCCAGGCGGUGAUAUAGCAUGCGACCUGAGGAACGUGUCGGAACUGACCCCUGCGGAUCUUGCAGAGCAGGCAGGACAUACGAGAUUGGCGCAUCAGCUUCGUGGCUACAUGCAAAUGAACGAGUUCACCAACAUGUACAGCUAUUUGAAAGUGAUCAGCGAGACCACUACAGACCAAGCGGCAAGCGCAGACCCAUCGACAACUAACACAUCAAGCGACACCAAUAACGACAAGGAGGAUUAUUGUCGUCCACGACCCUUGAGCGAAGCCUAUUCGGUGCCACCGGCCGCAAGACCAAUAACGUCCUUGAUCUUGCCAGGUCAAUUAUCAGUAACCCCUAGCCCGACCACCAGUAACCCCAUUGAGGCAAAUUAUUCAAUCGUACCAGCACCGACUCCCGUCAUCGCCAGUCCAUCAACACCAACGCCUGUGAUGACCUCCUCGAACGGCUUUGAACUCCCUCUUCAAGGUUAUAUGAAAAUGCAUCCAGCUGGACCAAAAACACCAACGUCAAACGCAGUGAGCCAGCAGCCAUCUCGAACAGCGACGCCCACCCAGAGUCGUUCAGAUUCUCAUCCCAUACCUGCUCGAGAAGAAAAUAGUCAAUCCUCCUUCUCUUAUGGUAGAACCACCUCCAAUUCCAGCAGCACAAAGUCGAGGGAACCGUCUGGGCCUCAGGACGAGUUACUGGAAAUCAUAAACGACUUCAAGAACAACGUGUUCACGAUAACCGAAGUGGAAAGAUUGGUCGAGAACUGGAGGAAUCGCAACGAUGUUCAACAGAGCUUCAAAGACAAACAGAGGCAACUCACUGCGAUGAGGGAAGAGUAUGAAAGAAUACAGAAAAGAAUGAAAGAGGAAAUGAAGGCUCCUACACCUUUUGACAGAAUCAGAAAGUUCUUCUCCAAAGGAAAGAAAGAUACGAAGGACUCUACGACCGGAAGUGACGAUUCUUCUUCGACCAGUAAAGUGGAGAAUGUUAAUGGUGCCCUAACCGACCGUAGGCCAGUUAGCAGUCUAAGUCUCCGCAGUGUUUCAAGCUCGUCUUCGUCUGGUAGAAUGAGCACUGCCAGCGGAUGCAGUGGGACCAGUUUAGGUGACAGUGGAACUCAUUCUGAUACUGAAGAUCGACGAUUACAAAAUGCCAGAGAGGAUAAAGCGGGUGUGAUGUCGUACGAAAUACCACCAGCUCCAAAGCCAUUCGCAGGAAGGUAUUCCCCGGCGCUUAGGUAUUCCCCAUCUCCUCGUUCCUCGACUGGAAACGAUUUAGAUUUGAGACCAUCACAGCCACAAUUACGAGGCGAGGAUACCGAAUACUACAUCGCUUUUCCACCAUCGGGAUUACCCAUUCACUCUUUCAAGACAGAGGCUCCUCUGAAGGAACCAAAAACUCCAAGCUCCCCGUGUGAUCAUCCUAAGUACCUGGACUUGAUUCAAAAUUCAUCGCCAGUCACUAAUGACGCUUCAGAACCAGAGUCCUCCAGACAUUCUGGCAACAGUUACGCAAACAUUGACCCGUCUACGUUGAACCCAGCGCCAGUACCGCCUGCUGGCAUGUGCAUUCCAACAAAUUACGUGAACGUGACACCAACGUGCGUCACCUCGUCUCAGGACACUACACAAGGUCAGCAAACCGAGCAGAGACACUCACUUGACUUAAAUCAUGUAUCUGAAAUCUCGAAGAAUUCAACCAAGACCGAGAAUCCCGGUCAGGCGGGGGAAAAUAAGGUCACUGAUGACGUACAAGGUCAAGACAAUGUUUUGACUGAAGUUCAAGGUAAAAAUAACGAGGAAUAUGUGGACACGAAUCUGGCGAAUAGUUUAGAAGGCGUGGAUGUACCGGAUACUGGUAAACUGCCGGAAUAUAUGAACGUCGACGUUCCUCAGGAUCAGAAAACUGGUGCCACGAAGAAAGUGCCUGCUCCUCCUGUUCCACCAAGAGUUACCACGAAGAAGUAAAAUAAGAAAGAUUACCACGAAUAGAAGCACUUGAAAAGAAGUCGUUCCUCCGACUGGAGACUUUAAUGGGCGGGUCGUUCAAAAACAGUGCUCUCGGCGAUCGUUUUUCAUUGAGGAAAUACUCGAGUAUGAUUUCAAGUACUCGACGUCAGUGUUCUUCGUAAUCCUUAGUAUUAAUAGCGUAUUUAACUGUAAAUUGUUCGGUUCAAGAUAGUCGCUAUGGCUCAUAUCUUCUAUGUACAUUACCUUCGUUCUUUUAUCUUUCUUUCUCUUUAUUCUAAUACUCAGUGAAGCGCGACUUAAUCUGUAGUUUUUGUUUAUGGUAUUGUACUGCAAUUAAGUGCGUUUAUUGGUCGUUAUUAGUCUAAAACUGCCUCGAAUGCG